CCGAUCGAACGUCGUCCAUUCGAAUCGGCCCCAUUAAUAAUACCAAAAACAUUGCAAAAGCAAUUACCGUAUCGGCUGAAACCAAAGCAGAAUUUAGUGAGUAAUGAUAAAAAAAGCAAGAAAGAGGGUGACACUCUGGUCAGUAAGCAUACUGUUGUGAUGUUGGAACCGCACGAAAGCAAGGUGAAUCGUCUGAUGAAAGUAUUGGACGUCGUGAACAAGGACAGAAUUAAAACGAAUCGAAAAGUCGCUCACGAACGUCACAAGAAGCAUAAAUUGGAAGUACGAAAUGCAGAAAUGAUGCGUGAAAUCGGAAUAAAAAAAUCGAAAAAAGCGAAUUGUCGUUUGAUGUCAAAAAGAGAACAGUCGAAAGUUCGUAAAGCAAUCGACUCAACUUCGAAAUAA